ACUACACGAGAUCCGGACUCUUCACUUUCCCCUCCUCUCUCUCUCUCUCUCUCUCUCUCUCUCUGAGCAAAAAUCCAACCCACCCAAACACUGCCGAGACGGAAACCAAGAGCGAGUUCAUUCUCAUCCUCUGAGACCCACACCACACUAUCUAUCGUUCAUUCAUCCAAUUCUGGGGUAUUGCUCUGCUUAAACAAAAUACCGAGAAAGUGAAUUGAGUUGUAAGUCGUUUCUCUCAGGUGAAAUUCUUUGAAGUCAUGCCGGACGUGCAUGCCCUUGUGAAUGAUUUCGUAAUCAAGCUGAGAAAACGUAAAAUUGAGGGAUCGAAGGCUACAGCCAAGCAUACGUCGGAGUUGCUUAGGUCAGUAAUUUCACAGCAGCGAAUUCCCCACACAAACCAGGCUGGGGCUCUUAUUGAUGCUAUAAAGGAGGUUGGAGAGCAGCUGAUUGCUGCAAAUCCUGUGGAGCUUGCUGUUGGUAAUAUUGUGAGGCGUGUUUUACAUAUCAUUAGGGAGGAGGACCUUUCUCUUGCGACAGCCGUUAUUGGUGGGUUGAGUUUAUCUGCUGGAAGUGAUGAUGAUGAUGAUGUUGAUCAAGAUCAUCACCCAGUUUUGUCUGCUGCUGCUGUUGCUGCUGCUGCUAGAAGCACUCUAAGGCCACCUUCAUUGCAGGCCCUUCUUGAAGAUGUGCCUCACUUAACAGCUGUUCCUCACACUUCUUCUUCUGGGGGUGAUUCUGAAGGAAAAAGCAAAUAUGCUGAUAAAAACUCAAGGAGUCGGAAGCUAAAGCAUAUUGUCAUUGAGGCAGUUAAUGAACUUAUUCAAGAUAUUGGCACUUGCCAUGAGCAGAUUGCUGAGCAAGCAGUGGAGCAUAUUCAUCAAAAUGAGGUAAUAUUAACUUUAGGCAAUUCAAGAACAGUAAUGGAAUUUCUUUGUGCUGCAAACGAGAAAAAAAGAUCAUUUCGAGUGUUCGUUGCAGAAGGUGCUCCAAGAUAUCAAGGGCAUGUUCUUGCAAAAGAAUUGGUAGCAAGAGGAUUACAAACCACUGUAAUUACUGAUUCUGCCGUGUUUGCCAUGAUUUCUAGAGUGAACAUGGUUAUUGUCGGAGCUCAUGCUGUUAUGGCCAAUGGUGGGGUAAUCGCACCUGUUGGGUUGAAUAUGGUUGCAUUAGCAGCCAAAAGGCAUGCUGUCCCUUUCGUGGUGCUUGCGGGCAUUCACAAGUUGUGUCCCUUGUAUCCCCACAAUCCAGAGGUCUUAUUGAAUGAGUUGAAGUCUCCAUCUGAUCUUCUGGACUUUGGAGAAUUCUCAGAUUGCAUGGAUUUUGGAAGUGGAGUCGGUCCCCAUCUGCAUGUCAUCAAUCCUGCAUUCGAUUAUGUACCACCAAAGCUUGUCAGUUUAUUUAUUACUGACACAGGAGGGCAUAACCCAUCAUACAUGUAUCGGCUCAUUGCGGAUUAUUACUCUGCUGAUGAUUUGGUGGUGCAACGGAGACCUGCUUCUUGAAAUUGAGCCUAGCUACUUGUCCUAGAUAUAUUGGCUGAGAAGCAGAGUGAGCAAGGAAUUGCAAUGUCUGCUCCAAAAUUGUAAUGUGUGGAAAGUCAUGCUGACCAUUGCCAGAGUUAAUAAUAGAAAAACUAAGCUUGAGGAGACUCCUGUGCAUUUAUCAGGUGAAUGCAUGGAUAUGGAACAAACAUGAGAGAAGACCAUGGAGUGUUUUUCUUUUUAAAUUUUUUUUUUCAAAAAUUAUUAUUAUUGUUGGUAUUUGUGAUGAGAUGCAAGAGAUGUAACAAGCGAGACAAGUGAACGAAGGUUGAGUGCCGUAAUUCUGAGGUUAAUAGGUAGGUGUGUUCUGUAGCUUACAUACAACAUUUAUCAGUCUUGUCAAGUUCUUAGUACUGAAAAUAGAGAGCUGUAUUAUUAGCGUGUCAACUCUCAUAGGUCUUUUAGGGGAGUUUUUGUGGUUUUUUGUAUUCUGAAUAUGUUAGGAGCAUUUUCGUGUUUCACUUUUAAGUAAUAAUGUUUUCUGAAUAUGUUAGGAGCAUCCUUCCUGUUUUAUA